CACCUCCCUGACCUACCAGCUGCCCCCUCUAAGUGCAUCUCACUCUGCUCCCUCCCGCCCUCGUACUCCCGCCUGCCUUCAACCGCACUUCGGGUAUCCACUUUGGUUCUACACAGACGUCUUCCGAGCGCGGAUCAUUACGACCCUUUGACGUUAACCUUUGUCUCCUUCCUUGCUGUCCCGCACAUAUAUAACGGACUUCUUCCAUCGAGUGCAAUGGCAACUCUAGCAUAUGCACCUUCUUCAUACGCCAUGUCCGCACAAUCUACUCCUACAUCGCCUCAACCGUACUUUGCGUUCGCGCAGAUUAAAGGAGACGUCUGUUUGGUCCAAUUAUCCCAACCAUCGUCUUCUCUCAUGUUCUCAGACGUCCGCGUCUUCCGGCACGAAUUCAUCACCAUCUUCCGCUACUCAUACAGCACCACCGUCCACCCCACAGACAUCCAAGUGCUCGAACUCCUCGACGAGCGAUGUACUUUGUAUGAAGAGGAGGGAGAGACUGUUUCCCUUUCGAGAGACGUCAUGUCCCGCAUGCAGAGAUUGUCAGCCGCUUUGACUGCUCCGUCGAUACCGACGAGAAUGGGUCAUGCGUACCGCAGGUCUCAGGCGUCGGCGGUUCGGACCUCUCCUAUGGCGCGGAUACAUUGAUAUGCUGUUCUGUUGUGCAUGUGCAAGUGCUGGUGCAGUGUGGGCUGUCGGUACUUGGGCCUAUCUGUGUCCAAGAUGUCAUUUAGGCGUCAUAGGCACUGAGGGGGAGUAGUCAAAAGACCCGGGUCAUGGUUAUUUCGGUAUCUCAUCAUUGGGAGGCUGGAGGAGUGCACGUAUUGUUGUUGUCGUCGAUUCUGUUGUGUUUUGAUCGUAGUCAUCGCUUGUUCCUCUCAUAUUUUCUUUCUUCCGCAUCAUCUGUACACUGUCCUCUCGCAUUAACUUAUUCUUAUCCACUCACCGCUCACAUACACGCUCAACUUAUGUUCCUGUCACCAUGCAGUCUUGCCUUUAGGUAUGCUCUCCAUGGAUACCAUAGUCGCAUGCAUCGUUCUCUCUAGAGCUUAUAGCAUUCCACCUACCUUACCUUACACCAUCCUGGAUAUACAUCCCCAUAAUUCCCAUUCACACUUUCAUUCUCCCACCAACCGGUUGGAGUGCGAAGGUUUGGUCUCUCGUCUUGCGAGGCGUCACGUACUAAUUGAAUACAAUCGUAUCCUCGUG